UACAUUAACUUUAUUUCUCAUCUAGCACAUGUGGCAGUCACUGACACUUACAUUACAAUCGUGCAUAUUUGGGCGGAAGACAUGAGUUCAAUAUCCUAUCUACCCUUCCUCUUUUCGAAGUCUGUCGUCGUGCUCCUUUGUUGGAAAUGUAGUCUCAUUGGUUAUUGCACAAGCAUUUUUUUUCCACGUUUACGUAAAGGAAAUUCAGAACAUGAGGGGAAAUUACAAGACGUAUAAUUUCUUGUACGAAAAAGUUGACUGUUUCAAGGCUAUGGAGUAUUUGGGUGUAAUUACGCGAACCCAGAAUUUAGAUUUAAACUCGUUAUCCCAUGAUGCUCUAUAUUUGGUGCGCAGUUUCCGUGAGAGUAGGCUACUGAACGACCAAUAGCACUUUGAAAAAUGACCCAAGGAAGGAGAGUAGUUGGCGAGGACUUUGAGCUAUAUCACCACAAAAGCUGCAGUUUUCAGCCAGGGUCGGAUAUUUUAUAUUUAGGUAACGUGGACAAACGUACUCUGCAUAACAUUUCUUGACAUUCGCUCGUUCCUGAGCCAUUUCGACGGUUUCAUUUGCGACAGAAAAGGUGCACACUUUCCCGUAGUUUGUUCUCUCUAAACGACGAGAAUGUCGCGUAACAACAAAAAUGCUCUUAUCCAGAAAAUAGCAAAGCAAGCUUUUAUGACCUUCAAAGUUUUAAAUUGUUCUUCUAACGGCGAUAAUAAAGUAUUUGCCGAAAAACAGGCCAAACUCAUCUCCUUACUGACCGCGCUGAGAGCACCGGAUCUCAAGAUCGCUCCCCGGAAAAACAAAGGGAGCUCCGGUUCAUCAGAGCCUGAUCCUCCCCCGGUCACAUACAUGCACAUAUGUGAGACAGAGGUGUUCAGCAUGGGGAUAUUCCUGCUCGCAAGCGGAGCCUCCAUCCCUCUCCACGACCAUCCGGGCAUGAACGGGAUGCUGAAGGUCCUCUAUGGCAAGGUGAGCGUCAGUUGCUUCGACAAGCUUGAAAGUGGCCAGACAGUCAGUGCUGCCCCUCCUCGGUUUGAAACUCCUGUGGCUCCAUUCCAAAACGCUUCUGUGCGACGUUCAUUGCUCCGCUCAGUAGCUGAGUACUCAGAGAACAGUGGACCAUGCCUCCUUACACCUCUACGGGAUAAUCUGCACCAGAUCGACGCUGUCGACGGACCUGCUGCUUUCCUGGAUAUCCUUGCCCCACCAUAUGAUCCAGAUGAUGGGCGGGACUGUCACUAUUACAAAGUUCUGAAAACUGUGGAAGACCCAGGUUUAGCUGUAAUGGAUAAGCAGGGGCUGCAGGAAGGGGAGAAAGAGACUGAGAAGGAAAUGUGGCUUUUAGAAAUCCCUCAGCCAGAGGACUUUUGGUGUGGAGGAGAGCCUUACCCAGGUCCCGUAGUUUCACUGUGAAACCUCUGACCAGUGGAAGUAUAGCAGUACUAGAAAAUGUAUUGGGAUAUCAACACAUCCACAUUUGUAAACCCUAUUUCUGUUUCUAUCAACAUGGAGGACAAACAUUUGGGUUGUUAUUACCUGGGUACCUGGAGUGCUUUGCUCAAAGCUAUAAAUCCCCAAUAGCAAUUGAACUGUGGUUAGUAAUCCACUCCUCACAACCAAAAUUCUUCAGGACUUCCUGAAGCAAAGCAACUAAUUGUAAAAAUGCUUUACAAGUAGGACUUUAUAUUGUGAAUAUGGGUUUUCUGCAUUGGACAAUGUUGCCUUCUUCACAUAUGAAUGUAAUCUAGAGAUAUACAUUUUGCUUAAAUAUCUUGUGAAUGUUAAGGGAUUGUAUCCCUUGAACUAACUGAUUAGUAAACUACCACUUCGUAGAUCAGAGCACAUUGAGUUCCCAUCGCAAAAGAAUAAGCUAUUAAAGAAUUUUCCUUUAGCCUAAAUCCUUUAUUCUCUAAAUUCAAACAAUAUAACUGUUUAGGACCACACUGAAAAAAAGUAAUCAAGAAUGUUUAAAAAAAAGUUGUAGGGUUACAAUACAUUAUCACUAAGCGUUUGUACUCAUUUCACAUGAAACCUUUUUGUCUAGCUAUCUUCAGAUAUUGUAAAGAUGUCAACACCAUGCGCGAAAAGAGAGUAUUUAGCAAAUGCUGCCUAAUUGUAUUUUAUUCCCUUUGGUGUGUGUGUGUGCGUGAGUGUGUCACUAUCAGACCUUUAUAGAAUUAAUGUAAUGCAGAGCAUUAACGGUCAUAUCAGACCAUCAUGCCCUUUUUUGUCCACACCCCUUCGAAUUCAGUACUAUAGUCAACCAUUUAAACGUUAACUGCCAUCUAGCACCUUAAUUGGUUUUAAGUUCACAUAUUAUUAGGGAAAAUUAUACUUUCUUCACUAGCGUUCAAUAUAGCUUCUCACUUAAAAUGUUUCAAGACUACACCUAUGUUUCGACCUACAUUAUACUCCAGUGUGCCAGUUGGUCAAUCACUCGGUUUACUGUUGUUGAAUGUAUGUGGGGAAAAUAAUAAAAUUCAGAGACUAUAUUCAAACAAUUGUCAUUACUAAUGUAUAUAAUCUAUUGAUGCAUUGAUACUUAAGAAAGUCUGCAAGUAUUGCAUCGGCUAGCAGAGGGAGUACAAAAAAAAAUGCUAACGGAAUCUGCUUAUCCCAAGUCUGUUUUUCUACUCAAAGUACAUUUAAGAGUUUAGAGUAGAUGGGAAUUUAAGUUAUGGAACUAAUGUUUUUGUUAGGUAUACUGAAUCUACACUUUGCCAGAGAGUUGUCAACAGCCUAUAUAUCUUGAGUGGCACAUAACCAUUAAUUGUGUUGGAUCAUUGAUGCUUUGGGUGUGAUGGAUUUAUGAGUUUUACGCACAUGAUCAGUUUUCAGGAUAAAAACAGUCCAGCAGUAAUGAAAAAAAAUGUUGGUCUGUUUAACUUUUCAGUUUACAAUGAGUGGCCAAAACAAAAGUUUUUUUUUAAAACAAUAGAUUAUUUCUAAAAUGGGUCUAUGUAAAUGCCAAGCGAUUUUAACCUGGAUCCUUACUGCUGUGAGUCAAUGUACUGUUUUUAGGGGCGUCGGGCCAAAUUCUGGAUUCACCGUCAGUUUACACAAUAAACCAAUCUCCAUUGCCCCUUGUCUUAUUGGUCAAGAACAGCCAGUUUCCGAAUAUGACAGAAGGUAUUAUUGGGGCAAUUGUUUUAGUUUCAUUUUUUUAGGUUUUCCUUAAAGUAUACUUCAUGUUUCUCGUGGUUUUAUUUUUGAUUUUUUUUUUCAAACUGUUUUCUGCUAAUAUUUUUGUCUUUCACCAGGAAAAUGAUUUCAAUUCAAUGAUUAUAUUUUUUAAAUUAAAAUAACUCAUUUUUGAGGAUAUGAUCAUCCUUUUGCAUUAAACUGCUCCUCUUCAUAAUGGCCAAAGCACUAAUAACUAAAAUUGUCAUACUCUGGUUGUGGUAAAACACAAUUACAUUAUAGCAUAUUGUUAUAGGUCUACUGACGCGUAAACCAUGAUUUUUAGUAUGUUUUUAAUAAAACAAAAAUAAAUAAAAGGCAGCUGGAUGGACCCAUCCAUUUUUUCACCACACGUCAUGAUGUUGUCGUAAAUGGAUUUUUCCAUCUCCCGCCAUGAAAAUCCUUUCGAGGCAUUUGUGUUGGAGA